AGUUACACAUUAAGUUCCGGUUUAACGAAAUGUAAACAAACAAAGAAAGUUGGCGGGAAAAGAUGGAGGAGACAAAACGACAGUCCUCACCGGGCGAGGGGACAAAACGAGAGUCCUCACCGGGCGAGGGGACAAAACGAGAGUCCUCACCGGGAGAGGGGACACAACAGGACUACAGAGUGCAGGUGACGUCCAAGAGACAGGUGACCGAGCAGGUGAAGAAGUACAAAGACAUUUUGAAGACCGCGCUCGAAGGACAGACGGAAACAGCCGAAGACACGAAGCGAGUUUUACUGCAGGAGCUGCUGGCGAACUUCGAAGCGGCUGUUCAGGACAACGUGUUGGUGAACGGACAACCAUGGGAGGAGGCACCUGAUGUCGAAGAGGAGGAAGAGGCUGUCGAUCUGGACAGCCUGCUGGAUGACACCGUCGUUGAGACCACCAGGAGGCGCCGUGCCUACCCGAAGAAGAUCCUGCCCCAUGUGGUGCAUUCCCUCAGAGCAGAGCGUAAAGUCCUGGGAUUGUAUGAGUGCGCAGUCAAACCUCAAGAGGUGGUCAAAGAUCCCGAUCAAGAGAGCAUCAUGAAGGAUUUGUCAGCAGCAGCUCCUGGGAUGGUGAAACAGGCCAUCCAAGUCAUCAAGUCGAUCAACACUCUGCAGAAACAAGCCGAAGGCCUCUGUGAGAUCCUCGACAUGAAACCAAGCCACGCCACUCUGGAGAUCCACAGAGAAGUGUUCGGUCAUGGCGGCCAAUCGGACGACGCCCUGCCUCCUGCGAGCGGAGAUACGAGGAACAGGCUGCCAAUCAAGAGAGCCGUGGAGGAAGCGGCAGCCCGAGACUGCUACGUGCCUCUCCGUAAGAAACCCGUGACGGAGGGCACGGCAUAGCGACGCUUCCUGCUGCCGCAAGCACAGAACAAUGAACGCGCUGUGAUGUCACGGACUGUUUUGUUCCUUCUUAACAAGAACAGAAAGCGACGUGAAAAGUAAAAGCUCUGUGUGUCUUAUUUGGACAUGAACUAUGAUCGACAUGCUGCUUUUUGCUCUGUGCUCCGACUUUCUGCUUUCCUGUACUGAUGUGCAACAUGCAGGGCUCGUAUGUGUUGUAAAAGACGACAGUGGCACUUUAAAGCACCGGAGUGUGUAAUUUAGUGGCAUUUAGUGGUGUAUGUAUACAAAAAUUCUUACUUUCAGGUUUAAAACAUGUUAUCUGCCAUAUUCUGUAAACGGAGCCUCUUAAAUCUGACUCUGGACCCUUUGAACGAGCUUAAAUUAACUAAGUAAACAUUCACAAACGAUGUUAAUCCUGUCUAGUUCAGAAGAAGUCGAUGUCUCGAGUCUUGAAAUACAUCUCAUCGCCUUCUGUUCUUAUCCUGUUCAUAUUGUUUGUACUUCCUCCCAGCAUGUAAUAAACUAUUUUACAGCAUUUUAA